UGUUUCGGGUUUAACAAAACAUAUACAUGAAUCUUUAGAAUGGGUUUUUGAGGAAUUGAUGAAAUCUUUAAUGAAUGCAUGAAUCUUUAGAAUGUGUUUUCAAUGAAUUUAGAAAAAAGAAAAAAAAAUGUACAGAACUUAAAUAAAACGUUAAGUGAUAUUUGGGUUGAUGGAGAAAGAGACGAGCCAGUAUUCAUUGACGAAGACUUGGCCAAUCAACUACGAGUUGACGCAAGACUAACCAAGUCACUACGUUAUAACUUCCUUCUAUAAGAGAAUUAGAGCAGCAGUGAAGCAUACAACAGCAUAACUCAACUACUUUAACACCACCAAACUCAAAAAGAGAGAUGAUGAUUCGAAACCAUUGUUAUUGCCUUUCUAGUAUUAUUACCAUCUAUUUCUCAUUCCUAAUCCACAGUACUCUUGCUUCUCCUAGGCUCCACUUAUGUCGCCACGACCAGAGGGAUGCUCUUUUGGAAUUCAUGCAUGAGUUUCCUGCCGCUGAGUCUUUUCCAAGUUCGUGGAACAAAAGCAGCGAUUGUUGUUUUUGGGGGGUAGUCGAGUGCCAUAAUAAAUCUGGCCAGGUUAUAUCACUCGACCUUUCUUUUAAAUAUCUCAACGGCUCUAUAAAACCAAACAGUAGCCUCUUCAAACUCCAAUAUCUUCGUGAUUUAAUCCUUAUUGAUUGCAAUCUCCAAGGAGAGAUUCCUUCUUCACUAGGAAACCUUUCUCGUCUCACUCAAGUUGACCUUUAUGGUAAUCAAUUGGUAGGUGAGAUUCCGAUUUCAAUCGGCAAUCUAAACCAACUAAGAUAUCUUAACCUUGGGUAUAAUCGUCUCAGAGGAGAGAUUCCUUCUGUACUAGGAAACCUUUCUCUUCUAUUAUAUCUUGAACUUGCGAAGAAUCAAUUGGAAGGUCAAAUUCCAACUUCCAUCGGAAACCUCAAAGAACUAAGAUUGAUUUGGCUGAGCAAUAACAAGUUAUGUGGUAAAAUUCCUAUUUCAGUCACCAACUUAACGAAGCUUUCCGAUUUUGACAUCGGCUUGAAUAACUUCACUUCCACGCUUCCAUCUAACAUGAGUGGAUUCCACAACUUGGAGACGUUUGAUAUUGGUGAAAACUCGUUUCAUGGGCCUUUCCCUAAUUCUUUGUUCUCGAUUCCCUCGUUGCAAUGGGUUGAUUUGGGAAAAAACCAUUUCACGGGAUCUAUACAGUUUGUGAAGAAUACAUCUUCAUUAUCAUCUGAGCUUCGUUCUCUAGACCUUUCUCAUAACACAUUCACUGGCCUGAUCCCGGAAUCCAUAUCUAAAUUUCUCGACCUUGAUGAUUUACGUCUUAGCCACAAUAAUUUCAGUGGGGCAAUCCCUUGUUCUAUAUCAAAGUUAAUCAACCUGUCUUCUCUUGGUCUUUCCAGUAACAAUUUGGAAGGUAAAAUACCAAGUUGCUUAUGGAGAUUGAGGACGCUGAUGCUUAUGAAUCUAAGCUCGAAUUAUUUCCGAGGAUCAUUUCCCCAUUGGAUCUGCGAUCUUAAACGGUUAAUCUAUUUAGAUUUGUCCAAAAAUUUCUUCAGCGGCUCGAUUCCUCAAUGUUUAAGGAACCUCAUUAAUGUUUCUUUAAGAGACCUACUUCUGGAGAACAACAAAUUCAAUGGAACUAUUCCAAAUAUAUUUGUCAAUGCUACCACGUUAGAAUCAUUGGACGUUAGUCACAACAAUCUAGAAGGAAGGUUUCCAAAGUCAUUGAUCAAUUGCAAAUCUCUGCGAUUUGUGAACAUGGAAGACAACGGAAUCAAGGACAAGUUUCCAUCGUGGUUGGGAUCUCUACCAUCAUUACAAGUUCUCAUCCUCAGAUCUAACGAGUUCUACGGGCCGUUGUAUCAUGACCACAUGUAUAUUGGGUUUCAGAGUUUGAGAGUUAUCGAUAUAUCAAACAAUGAUUUCACUGGAACUCUUCCACACUAUUAUUUUUUAAAUUGGAGUGGAAUGACCUCAACUGAACAAGGUCGGAAGGAGUACAUGGAAAAUCUUACGAAUGUUUCUUCUAUCUAUCAGUCUAUGGAAAUGGUGAAUAAAGGAGUGGAAACGAGGUUUGAGCGGAUUCAACAAGACUUCAUUGCCAUUGAUUUAUCCGGAAACAGAAUCUAUGGUAAAAUACCUGAUUCAAUUGGCUUAUUGAAGGGAUUGCGUCUUCUUAACUUGUCAGGGAAUGCAUUCACAAGCGAUAUCCCGCAAGCCUUGGCAAAUCUGUCAAAUCUUGAGACAUUGGACCUCUCCAGUAAUAAGCUGUCAGGUCAAAUCCCUCAAGAUCUUGGUAAGCUCUCAUUUCUAUCAUACAUGAACUUCUCCCAUAACUUUCUCCAAGGUCCAGUUCCACGAGGCACACAAUUUCAAAUACAGAACUGUUCUUCUUUCUUGGAUAACCCUGGACUCUACGGCCUCGAAGAAAUCUGUCAAGAAAGCCAUGUCCCCAGUAGUCCUACAUCACAUCAAUCCGCGGAAUUGUCAGAGGCAGAGGAAAAAAUGUUCAGCUGGAUUGCAGCUGCAAUAGCCGUUGGACCUGGUUUACUCUGUGGAUUGGUUAUGGGACAUAUCUUCACUUCACACAAUCAAGAAUGGUUUACAGAAAGGUUUGGUCGAAGAAAAAUGAGAGUCAUCACAAGUGCUCGUUAAGUCCAUCUCUUGCAGUCCCUCUAAUAAGCAUUUCUAAGGAAUAUGUCGUCCAACAUCUUGGUGUUUGUAACGAACUUUAUAGGUGUGUCCUCCAAAAGUCUUCUUCAGUUGUUUGUGUUUGUUUGUAAUUUUAUCUGCAAUGGUUUUGUAAUAAAUGUUUUUGUGGUAUUUGAUAUAUCUUGGUUUGAUAA